AUGGAUUAUUCAGGGAACGAAGUACAGCCUUUUGAAAUUUGGCACACCUUUGACCAGUGCAUUCGACUCUACAGAUCUCUGCUACUGGCGUUGGGAAGGGAUGACAGCCAAGUCGUGGCGCUGGAACAAGUCGACGUCAAUCGAGCCCUCGAAGAAUAUGGUCGCCUCAAAAUUUGGGGCCAGCAGACAAAGGCUUCAGGGCCUCUGGCGGACUCGACACUUGAUAUGACCUUAGACUACACGCUGCGCCAUGAACCGCAAGUCAAGGCCGGAUUGCUUGAGAUAUUAGGCCAACUUGCUUAUCAUUUAGAGCUGGCAUUGCCUCUGGCUCGCAAAACAUACGAUGCUACGGUUGACACUUCGGACCAAGACUCAGCGAGCAGUCUGAGUUCCAUCAGUGAAUACUCGUCGCCCAGCGGCUCUGAAGAUGACGAAGUAGCACCAUCCAGGGUUUCCAAGAUUCCGGUCUUGAUGUCUCACAUAUUCGAGCAAAUCCAGCUUCUCUAUCAUCUAGGGGCACUGCUUCGCCGUCCUGGGUUAUCUGGUAGGUAUCUGCGGUCGUCCACGUACAGCGCAAAUACCGUCUUCAGGUUUUGGGAUCUCCGUUAUGUUGAGGAAAAGAUUCGCAAAUGGAGAAAACAACCUCAGACUAGUGAGACCUUCACGUCGGAGGAAGAGACUGAGGUCACGGAAGACGUCCUACGUGUGAGACUGACCCAAGCUGACUCGAUGGACGACAUCGCGGUCCUUGGCCGUCGGUUUGCCAGCGCCAAUUCACAGAGGCGGGAUCAAUUCCGAUAUUGGGCGAAACAUCCGCAGCAAGGACUGCUAGCUGAAGAUUCUACACAUAUACUCUCUAGUGACCUCAGAGAAGGACAGCAGAAAACAGCAGUGAUGCCAAUUAUCGAAGACACGGCUUCUACCAUGAAGAAAGAAGAAAUCAGGAAUGUACAGUCACUGAAGUCAACACCAACAGCACACAGCUUCUCGACGGUCGCCAGGUCGGCCAUUUUUGAAAGCGAGACUCAGGCAGGCCGCCCACGCACGAUCUACGCAGAAUCCAUCGUGGACCGAAGCUCAACAUCAAGAGUCCCAUCGCUGAUGGCCACGCACCUGGACGAGGCUCACCCCGAUACUUGGACGGGUCCCCAGAGGCUUGUACUUCUCGACAUGAGCGAGCGUCCCAUAGACGAACAAAACAUAGUCGCCUGCCCCCUCUGCCCUGCUGAGCUCUAUCUCGGUAGAAUGAUGGUCCAUCUAGCAGAGCACAUGGAAGAGCUCUCCUUGUUUGCCAUCCCACAGCCGUCGCCUGAUGAGGUCGAAGGUUUUAGAUCAGACGACUCUGCCAAUUCUAUGUCAGCAAAAGCCGUACUAUCACAAGCAGUCUCGCCCAUCAGCAGCCUUGGAAUGCCCGAGGGCGAUACUGGGGAACAUCGUGAUGUCGAUACGUCAAGCUUUGCUAUACUUUCGAAUGCUGCAGUGCCUGAUAACGUGGAGAAGAUCACGAGCUGGCACGUGGAAUCUACCCAAGGUGAUCAAGAGACUCAGACACCCACGAGUAACCAGGCCUUGAAAGAUUCCUCAUUAUUUCCUCGGGACGUACGAUUGCGAUCACUGCGUCCGAUCAUCGUCCCUGAGAGCCAAUCUAUAUGCAAGGACUUUAUGAAGGGCAAUUGUAGACGGGGACCUAAUUGCGCUGCACGGCACGUUCCCGCAAACGGAGAACGAGUCUUCUAUCAUGCGAAUCAUAUCACUACUAUUGGACCUUCUGGCCGUGUCACCAACCCCUAUACGGUAGCCGGUGCGGUCAAAUAUGCCGACCAGAUUAAAGCUGAAGCUGAGACUACGUGGGAUUAUAGUAUAGCACCACAACACAGAGCCCGACAAAAAGUUGUUCGGGACCUCAUUGACCAGAGAGAUGAGAGCGGUGUGCCUGUAUUCUGGUUAUUCUUCUCCCCGCCUAACGUUGCAUCAAAUGACUACGAAAUCGAUUACUGGUUCGACAGCACUUCACUGACGGACCUCUGGGCCAGACUGAGUCACGAGGGUUUGUCUUCCAACGAAGGCUCCAAAUGGAGCUGGUCGGAGUUCACCCAACGCACAAGUGUCAUCUGGAACAACGAGUAUCGUACGAACAAAAACCGGAAUAGUGAAAGACGUCUGCUAGCACCAGAGUUGGAAAGGCGGUUUUACGAGCUGGUAGAGGAGGCCAAGCGCCAUAUGAGCGCAACCAAGGACCCAAGCACAGACUCCAAGGUGCGUCCAAGGGAUACUGCUUCUAGCUCAGCAGACAAGGUCUUCGAAUUCGUGGGACCGAGUAACUUAGCACGUCACGGACACCAACUUGAGCCGCAGGAAUCUGAGCGCGGACCCGAAACCACCCGCCAGGAUAUGUUCAUCUUCUCAAAGGGCGCAACAAGUUUCGAGAGCGAGACCCCCAUUCCCAAGCAGCCUCGACCGUCACGAGCUUCUCGUCGCAGCCGCCGCGUGCCUGCUGCGUCCAGCCACUUCGACGAGCGACGCGCUCGAGAGCUCGAGCACGAAGAAGGCCAAGUUCUGGUGGCAAGACGGCGGCGGUACAGCUCACCACGAGAAGAUGAAGAAAGGCCUGUGGAGUCAAUUCGAACGCGCAAUGUUUCUUCGACGCGCGAUGACUCCGAGCCGAACCCAUCCAAGGGCACAUCGGACCAGCCCAUAACACGGGAUCCAGAUGAGGAGGAGGGGCGUAUCGAUCGCGAAGGUGUCGUACCUCAUGCCCAAUACUAUGAAUCAGCGAACAAUCCAUACUCGAUCGGAGGUGACUCUGAGCGACAGUACUGGGGAUGGAACCGAAGAUAG